AUGAGUGUGGGUCCAGUUUGUUCCCAAAGCCUGCCUUGCCCAGAAACAUCCACUUCUAGAGCGUCUUCGCCAAUGCCUGAGGUUUAUGAAGCUGAAGAAGAUUAUUCAUCCUUACCUAAGUCCUCUGCUGAGAUGCCCCACACGGAGAAUGUCUCUCCUCUUCCUUCCUCCAUGGAUCUGCUUAUUCAGGACAGCCCUGAUUCUUCCACCAGUCCCCGAGUCAAACUUUGCUCCACUUCUGAAGAGAACAGCACAGAGAAAAAGGAAGAGAGGAUCCCAGUCAAGAAACAGAAGAGCAGAACGGUGUUCUCACAGACCCAGCUGUGUGUGCUCAAUGACAGAUUUCAGAGACAGAAAUACCUCAGCCUCCAGCAGAUGCAGGAACUUUCCAACCUCCUGAACCUCAGUUACAAACAGGUUAAGACUUGGUUCCAAAAUCAGAGAAUGAAAUGUAAGAGGUGGCAGAAGAGCAGCUGGCCAAAGAGCGGCAUGACUCAGAAGCUCUGGGCACCUGCAGACUACACCAGCCUCUACUCUUACCACCAGGGGUGCCUGGUGAACACUCCUGAGGACCUUCCAAUAUGGAGCAACCAGCCCUGGAGUAACCCGACCUGGGGCAGCCAGUCCUGGAGCCAGCCCUGGUGUACUCAGCCUUGGAACAACCAGCCCUGGAACCAUCAGGCCUGGAACAGUCCACUCCACAGCUCUGGCGAGGACCCCUUCUCCCCUCUGCUCCAGCUCCAACAAAAUUUCUCUCUCAGUGAUUUGGAGGCCACCUUGGAGAUUUGUGGGGAAAAUCAUAACAUUAUACAGCCACCCAGCAAGUAUUUUAGUACCCAGCAAAUCAUGGAUUUAUUCCCGACUUAUUCCAUGAAUGCACAGUCUGAAGAUGUGUGA